CUGCGGCGAUCCCGGUGGAGUUGGGGAGCUGCGAGCGGGGCUCCGCGCAGCGAUGGAGCGGAGAGCAGCCGGCGCCUUCCGCGGUCCCGGCGGGGAGGAGGCAGUGCCUGAGUUUUCCUGAGUGGAGUGGCAGGGAUGGGUGCAUGAGAGAGAGUGGCAAGUCCUUGGGGCUCUGUGGAGCCAAGACGUGUCUGAAAGAAUGCCAAAGUCCCUUUGGGUGGGAGAACAAGGCAGGCAGCCAGAUUGACUCUCCAGUCAAGCUCUACAUGCGUUUCUUAAAGUAGCCUCGAUCUCCCUAUGGACUCAACAGAAGUAUCACGAAAUGGCAUUGCUUGCUAGGAAUGCAGAGCCUGAGUUCAGCUCCUACUCCUUCAAUAACUUGGAAAACCUGUGUGAAGUCCAAACCAAGAAAGGAUUCUUCUACACAAAGGCCAAACUUCUGCACCCAGGGGAAGACUUGUGCUAUUUAGCCCGCCUGGAUGACCAGACGAGGUUUGUGAUCAUCAAUGUAGGUGGUAUUAAAUACAAAGUUCCAUGGACCACCUUGGAGAACUGCCCCUUGACCAGGCUUGGGAAACUAAAAUCUUGCAACAAUUAUGAUGAGAUCAUGAACAUCUGCGAUGAUUAUGAUGUUAGCUGCAAUGAAUUCUUUUUUGACCGUAAUCCUAGUGCCUUCAGGACAAUCAUGACUUUCCUGGCAGCUGGGAAGCUGAGGCUUCUCAGGGAGAUGUGUGCUCUUUCUUUUCAGGAAGAGCUUGUGUACUGGGGGAUAGAAGAGGACCACCUGGAGUGGUGCUGUAAAAAGAGACUGCGACAGAAAGAGGAGGAGGCAGCUGAGGCCAGACUGUAUGAAGGGGAGCUGGUGUUUAGUGAAACUACGCAAUGUGCCUUCCAGGACAAUAGCCGAUUGAGUUUGUGCAUGCGAAAGCUCAGGGAUAUGGUGGAGAACCCCCACUCAGGGAUCCCAGGAAAGAUCUUUGCUUGUAUUUCAAUCUCUUUUGUUGCCAUCACUGCAGUCAGCCUCUGCAUCAGCACCAUGCCAGAUGUCAGAGAAGAAGAAGAUCGGGGUGAAUGCUCACAGAAGUGCUAUGACAUCUUUGUGCUGGAGACAGUGUGCGUGGCGUGGUUUUCAUUUGAGUUCCUGCUGCGAUCCAUCCAGGCAGAGAACAAGUGUGCUUUUCUGAAAACCCCACUCAACAUCAUCGACAUCCUGGCCAUCUUGCCUUUCUAUAUCUCUCUCAUUGUGGAUACAGCCUCCACAAAAAACAGCAGCAAGCCCGGUGGGGGAGCUGGGAACAAGUACCUGGAACGAGUGGGCCUGGUGCUGCGUUUCCUGCGGGCUCUGCGCAUCCUGUACGUGAUGAGGUUGGCACGGCACUCGCUGGGGCUGCAGACACUGGGGCUCACUGUGCGCCGGUGCACCAGGGAGUUUGGGCUGCUCCUGCUCUUCCUUUGCGUCGCCAUGGCCCUCUUCUCACCGCUGGUGUACUUGGCUGAGAGCGAACUGGGAGCCAAGCAAGAAUUCACAAGCGUCCCCACCAGCUACUGGUGGGCUGUGAUCUCCAUGACCACUGUUGGCUAUGGGGACAUGGUGCCUCGUAGCAUCCCUGGACAGGUGGUAGCCCUGAGCAGUAUCUUGAGUGGGAUUUUGCUGAUGGCUUUCCCAGUCACAUCCAUCUUUCACACCUUUUCCCGUUCCUACAGUGAGCUGAAGGAGCAGCAGCAACGAGCAGCAAGCAGGCAGAUGCGCCAGCUAGAAGAGAGCACUGAACUCUUACGUGGUAACAGUGCACAGGAGCUUGGUGUCACAUUUCCACCAACUGAUGCUGGGCAGGAGGGUCAACCCGCAGGGGAUCAGGAAGCCAAGAGAAGUUGCUGACUGAACAGCUUGAAGACAUAUGUUGGCAGCACAAGAAGCAGUGGACAAGGAGGGUCAGUUCUACAAGAAAAACAUCCUGAACUGCAUAAAUGAAAUGAGGGCAGACACACACACAGAAGGUUGUCUCUAAGACCAACUUUUGAUCUUAAGGGCCCUCUGAAAAGCAGCCCUGAAUCCUAACCAGUACAGCUCUGCUCCAUUGCUUUCCAUAGGGCUUUUCUUUUCUAUUGAACAAGUGGUUUCAGCAAGCCCCGAGGAGCAGCCAUUGAACAUAGCCAGCCAGGAGAACGUCCUGUGAAGCAGAGCCUGUGCCAUGUGCCAUUCAGUAGAUCAGCCAGCGUGA